AUGGAGUCACCCAUGGGCCACGCGAACCUAGAAGUCCAGAUCCCGGAGGAGGAGCCACAGGAACCAACGGGCGAAGGCGCAGUGUUGGUAGCUGUGAAUGGCGCCGCCGCGGCAGUGGAGACCACGGUCAGGAUCGCCAAGGUGACGCUCCACUGUCCCGUCUGCACGGUCGGGCACCUGGCUUGCGGCGUGUGCCAUCUGCAGCUCACCGGCAGCGGCGCCGGCCGCUGCUACGUGUGCGGCCACGACAGCGGCUACGCGCGCAUUAGCAGCGCGAUGGAAGACAUCGUGAACUCGGCCAAGCCGCCAAGGUGCUAUGCUCGCACGACGCGACCGGGUGCUGCAACUACGUUACCUACUAGGCUACUACGACGGCACGACGUGGCCGAGCACCAGCGCGCGUGCCCUGCCUCUGCUCGGAGCCCGACUGCGGCUUCGCCGGCCGGCUCCCCAGCGACGCUCCGCGACCACCUGAGCGCCGAGCACUCGUGGCCCGUGGACGGGAUCAGGUACAGCGCUGCCCUGCAGCUCCGCGUGCAGCACUCAGACCCGGCGUAG